AUGCAGUCUAGUUUUGCUUACGCAUCCUACCAGCGGUUGUGCCGCCUCUGUCCAGGUCAUAAUGCAUAUGACCUUGAAAACUGCAUAUUUCGUAAGCUCCUUGAUGAUGAUGAUGAUGAUGAUGAUGAUGAUGAUGAUGAUGAUGAUGAUGAUGAUGAUGAUGAUGACGAUGAUGAUGAUGGCGAUAAUGAUACUAUAGCUAAAAGUGGCUUUGAAGGAAAGAAGUAA